AUGGCCGACGAAUUGCUGGACAAGGCCCGCGACGUGCUCGAGGGCCAGAUUGAUUUCGACGGCCAGCGCCUCGCUGAGCUGCUCUCUACUGCGCUCCUGUCCACUGCCGGCAUCGUCGCUUUCCUCGUCGGCUACGCGACCCAGAAUAUCCUCCUGUCGCUCUACAUUGUCCUCGGCGGCGCCGCGCUCACCUUCGUCGUCGUUGUUCCACCGUGGCCUUUCCUGAACAAGGACCGCAUCACCUGGCUGCCGCCGCAGUCUCACGGCACGCGCGGAGUUGAAAUCGAGGUGGACGGGGAGAAGGUCACUUGA